CGAUACCUAAGGUAGAUACCUGAGACACCCCGCCCCCCAUAGCUCGUCUUUCGGGAAAAAUGUUCCCACCAAUGAGGAGCUUAUAUUUGUUAAGAUUUGAAAUUGAGUUUAGUAUUGACAGUAGCAGCAGCAGCAGCAGCAGCAGUAGUAGUAGUAGUAGUAGUAGUAGUACAUUGUGCAUUUAUACCUAUGUGUAUGACUCAAAAAAAUUAAACCACCUAUCUCUUCCCGGUAACUUGUUCGAACUCUCAGCCUAACAUCCUUGCUUUCAAUCACAUACAUUCCACAUUGACCGAGCUUGAUACUGCAAAGCAAGACCCCCGUUUCGACUAGGGAUAAUAUCCAACUAUUUACCGCGAUGCAAAUAUAACUAAAAAAAAAAUGCAAUAACAGUGGAAAUAGUAGAAAUAAGACAAUUCGGCACCCUGGAGGAGGAGGAGGAGGGCCCGGACGAACACUUAAGAGUAGCGGCGUGUUGAGUGUGUCAGGGCGAUGUUGUUUCAGCAUAGUGUGUUGCCUGGCUGACAGAGACGAAAGAUAUGGACAAGAAUAAAUCCCAAAUACUUCUUCUUGACAAAAGUGAGCUUGAGACAGUGGCCAAAGCCUUGUCUUCUGGAUGCUGGACUCUCAGUGAUUCGGGAGACAUAGAAAUUACUGAUGACAGCAGCACGUCUGGUGUGUGUGGCAACUCUCCCAAGCUCACCCUUGCUCAGGGAAAUGUCCGGCCGGUCACACAGGCAUCGGGGGCUGGAGGGUCAGCCAACAUUAAGCGUCCAGUGUCUAGCGAACCAUUGAAUCUUCAGCGAGACAAUUCUCAUAUGACAACAUUGACAGAAUUGGGCAAGAAGUUGAUAGAGGCUGCCAGGGUCGGUGAUACGAAUCAAGUCAGAAGACUUAUGGCCAUUGGAGCACCAUUUGCAUCAGAUGGACCUAUUGGAAUGAACCCAUUACACUUGGCCUCACAAAAUGGUCAUUAUGAAACUUGUGAACGUCUUUUGAGUGCUGGCAUGAACAAAGAUGCUCGCAAUAAGGUAGACAAGACUCCUCUGCACCUUGCUGCAAUGGAAGGUCACACUGAUAUUGUGCACUUGCUGAUCAAGAGUGGAGCUAACGUGAAUGCCUGUGAUAUGUUAAAGAUGACUGCCUUACACUGGGCUUGUGAUAGAGGGCAUACCUCAAUAGUGCGCCUCCUGCUGCAGCAUCAAGCUCAGACAGACAUAGCUAACAAAUUUUUUAAAACUCCACUUCAUCUUGCAGUAGAAAAUAGGCAUGACAACAUUGUCGUGUUACUUCAGGGUAAAAUUUCACCCAAGACUGAAAAUGGUGAAGAGCAAGAAGAAGUAGAGGAAGAAGAUGAUGAUAAAGAACCAGGACAAAAUAAAGCACCUGGCUUCAGCUUUCCAAGCAGUAGUCUAGGUGACAUACCAGUUGUCUGUAAAACUGAAGAAGUUCACACAGAGUUCAUAGAAGAAGUGUGUGAGAGCUCUGAUCCUGUUAUUGAAGAUGAGGAAGAAAUACCAUCAGGAGAAAAUGAGCUGCCACACACUAUUAUGGAUGAUUUGGAAGAUCAGAAUAUAUCCGUGCUGGCAUCUCUUGCUGAACUGGCUCAAGCAACAAAGUCGUCAGAUCAUUCUGUAGAUAUGUCAAAUGCAGCUGCCUUAGAGCUCCUGAAGGCCCAAGCUGCCCUGUUACCUCUUGAUGAUUCUUCCACCCUAGUGACCUCUGCAGUGGCACAUGGUCAAACACUUCACCUCACUGAGGCGGGGAGGCAGGCUCUCAAACUUAUUAAACAAGAAUUGCCAUUGUUUCCAACUAGUACGCUGCCAAAAGAAAAGAACCAAGAGGAGGAAAGCACAACCAAUGAAAAAACAGGUGAAAAUACAACAAUAAAGAAAGAGCAUCCUCUGCCUACAACACCUAUAGCAUUGCCGCCACCACCACCACGCCCUCCGCCACUGUCACUUUUAUCAUCAAUCUCCUCCUCAUCCACACCCAUGUCAUCGUUAUUGUCAUCCUCAUCAUCAUCCCCAUCCUCAUCCCUGUUACCAGUUUCCUCAUUAUCGUCAUUGCCAUCAUCAUCCACAUCACUUUGCUCACCAUCAUCAUUGUCUGUUUCUUGCUUGCCUACUCUUUUAGCUUCUUCACACACAGAUGAAGUAAAAGAGGAGGAACAAGUUACUCAAGUCAUUACUCUGACCGCAGAACAGUAUGCAGCUUUAACAAAUGGUGCCAGUGGUCCUGUGAUAUUGCAAGUGUUGCCAUCAGAUGCCACAGAAGAGGUCAUCGGUGAAGUUAAUAUCAAUACUAGUCCUCCAUGUAAGCGGCAGAAAAUCAUGCAGUUGGUUACAAAGGUCCAUGGAUCCUCUGACCAGCAAAUUAUAAUGGCCAAGACAUCAGGAAAGGAAUGAUGGCAGUCUGAUUGCUGUGGCAUGUGGUGCAAAAAUAGCGGCCAAGGUAGUUACAAAAGCGGAAAUGUCUGCUAAGGUGCUCUGAUACCUUCAUCCCACAGCCAGCACAUCGCCAGUCUUGAGUCUUCAUCAUUGCAGAUCUCCUGUAAGAAGAAAUACUAUUAGAUAUCAUUGCAGAUUGUAUGAGUGGUUACAUGCAGUGUGUUGAGGUUUAGACUAGAGAAGUACAGGUGUUAAAGAAGGAUCUUGAAGAGAAAUGGACUGUUGGAAACAGGUAAUGUGUUACAUCUGUGGAUUUUCAUCAUGUUAGGGCAUUUUAAGAGACAUGCAGGCCAAUGUUUAGAUUCAAUCUAAGUCAUUAGUAAUUGGAAGUGCACCUUCUUUUCUGACGUGGAAGCAGUAAAUAUUUCUUAUUAAUGAUCAAAA